AUUAUAUAACUUAUCUAGCCAAGUUGAUCCGUACUUCUGGAAGAAUAUUACGAAGUCUCGUGAAUUUCUCCUGCCGAGUGUUAAUCCGUGCAUUUGCUAGUCUUGAAAAUCCGCCGGCCAACGGAAAAUCCAGAUUCGCACGAUGGCAUCUCUAGUGCACACUGUUCGUGGAUUAGUUUGCCGCAAUUCGCAGCUGCUUCGAUCAAUCGCUAUCCGUUCUAUCUCGUCUGCACCACAGCAGUCAAAUUGUAAUCAAAGGUUCCUGGUGCAGCCCCAACAGCUCCUGAGUAACUUUGAGCAAAUCGGUCGUUGGCAACUCGAGUUCACUAGAAGCUAUAGUGCUAAGGAACCACUCACACUGCAGCUGAUCAAGGAACGUGUUCUGCUUGUGUUGAAGCUCUACGAUAAGGUCAACCCGGAGAAGCUGACCCUGGAGUCGCAUUUCAUAAACGAUCUUGGUUUAGAUUCAUUGGACCACGUAGAAGUGAUAAUGGCCAUGGAAGAUGAGUUUGGUUUCGAGAUUCCCGAUGGCGAUGCAGAGAAACUUUUCAGACCGGCUGAUGUCGUGCAGUACGUUGCAGACAAGGAAGAUAUCUAUGAAUAAAGGGUGAAAUUUGCCCACCCGGUUGAUUUGUUUGCUGCUUGAUAGCUACAUAUAAUAAACAAGGAAAGAAAUACACUGUAGGCUUUAGUUUAAAAUAAACAAAUACAGAACUUUCGACUCAGUUUGGGUUGCAUAGCUACCAACCAUA